AGCCGGUCAGCUGACCCGGCCCGACUGCGCCGUCAUCCCGGCUAUAAGCGCGCAACCUCGAGCGGGAGCUCAGACUGGGCUGCCGCCGCCAUGCCGCCCUUCAGCCUGCUGCUGCUCGCCCUCUGCCUCCGGGCCGCGCCCGCCGCCGCGCUCGUCAGAAUCCAGCUGCACAGGUUCACGUCCAUCCGCCGGACCAUGACGGAGAUGGGGGGCCCUGUGGAAGACCUAAUCGCCAGGGGUCCCAUAUCAAAAUACACCCUGGGGGAGCCCCGUAUGACUACUGGACCAGUUCCCGAAAUGCUCAAGAACUACAUGGAUGCCCAGUACUACGGGGAGAUCGGCAUUGGGACGCCACCCCAGUGCUUCACGGUCGUCUUUGACACUGGCUCCUCCAACCUGUGGGUGCCAUCCAUCCACUGCAAGCUGCUGGACUUGGCCUGCUGGGUCCACCGCAAGUACAACAGUGGCAAGUCCAGCACAUACAAGGAGAACGGCACGUCCUUUGACAUCCACUACGGCUCUGGCAGCCUGUCUGGGUACCUGAGCCAGGACACCGUGUUGGUACCCUGUAAAGCCACUUCCCCGACCCCGAGUGGCAUCAAGGUGGAGAGGCAGACCUUCGGGGAGGCCACCAAGCAGCCGGGCAUCACCUUCAUCGCAGCCAAGUUCGACGGCAUUCUGGGCAUGGCCUACCCCCGCAUAUCGGUGGACGGCGUGCUCCCCGUCUUUGAUAACCUGAUGCGGCAGAAGCUGGUGGACAAGAACAUCUUCUCCUUCUACCUGAGCAGGGACCCGAGUGCAGAGCUGGGGGGCGAGCUGAUGCUGGGUGGCACGGACUCACGGUACUACAAGGGCCCCCUGAACUACUUCAACGUCACCCGGCAGGCCUACUGGCAGAUCCACAUGGACCAGAUCGACAUUGGGAGCAGCCUGACUCUGUGCAAGGGGGGCUGUGAGGCCAUUGUGGACACAGGCACCUCCCUCAUGGUGGGCCCUGUGGAGGAGGUCCGCGAGCUGCAGAAGGCCAUUGGGGCCAUACCGCUGAUCCAGGGCGAGUACAUGAUUCCCUGUGAGAAGGUGUCCGGCCUGCCCGAUAUCACCCUGAAGCUGGGGGGCACAAACUACAAGCUGUCUGCAGAGGACUACACACUCAAGGUGUCCCAGGCCGGGAAGACCGUCUGCCUGAGCGGCUUCAUGGGCAUGGACAUCCCACCCCCUGGCGGGCCACUCUGGAUCCUGGGGGAUGUCUUCAUCGGCCGCUACUACACUGUAUUUGACCGGGACGAGAACCGUGUGGGCCUGGCCGAGGCCACGAGGCCCUAGCAGCCCCCCGCCCACUGGCAGAGCGGAGUCCGAUAGGAAGCUGGCCCCCACCCGUGCCAGCCCCAGCAGCCGUACGCACUCACCCACACACUCACAAGGCUGUGGCCCACUGUUCUGCUCUCUGGUCCCCCUCUGGCUUCCUAG